AAUGUUUGGAUUUAAAUACUUCUCGGAUCAUAUUAUUAUUCUAGUUUGACAUUACGAAACACUUGUUGUCCGUUCAUUUGCCCUCUAGGUAAACUGAAUGACCAUUAAGCAUUAACCUUGAUUUAAGUCUUAUCUAGUUAUUUCAAAUAAAAGAAGUCUUCAAUUAUUUUUUCGUACUUUUCUACAUUGUCGUCAAAAUAUUCAAACUCCACUAGAAAUAUGUCUGUUGUUUAUAAAGCUUUAAUCUCAACUGCCGACAAAGUGGUACCGAAGGGUUUGAGGCCACUCUGGGAACAUCCUGCUGGUCCUAAAACUGUGUUCUUUUGGGCACCCGCAUUCAAAUGGGGUUUGGUAAUAGCUGGCAUAGGCGAUAUAUCACGACCAGCAGAUAAGAUAAGUACAUCACAAUGUACUGCAUUAGCUGCCACGGGAGUAAUUUGGUCUCGAUAUUCUUUAGUCAUUAUUCCCAAAAACUGGAGUUUGUUCAGUGUUAAUGUUUUUGUGGGCGCCACUAAUAUUUACCAACUGGUCAGAGCAUUUAUGUUUCAACAACAACAAAAAGCAAUAACAAAUGGAACUAAAUAAUUUCAUUUUUUGUGAAAUAAACAAUUAUUAUGAUUGUGAACUAUCAAAUUAUAUAUUAUAUUGUAAAGAUGUGUA